ACGGUUAGGCAGGCAACACGCACUCUUCAUUGCCUUCCCCCUAUAUAUACUGCUCUCUUUUCUUGCAGGAAUCCCACCUUCCUCUCUCUACCUUCUCUUCUCUCUACCUUCGGUGCAUUUCGUUUCUCACUCUACUUUCUCUCACUAUAUCGAAUCUGUAUUGUAUGGCCGCCAAUUCGCAGUGCAGGGGACUCGUCGGCAUCGGUAAGCGAUUCGUCAACCAGAUCCGAGCCGGGACCUCUCCCGAUCCAAUUCACUCUCCCUUCCUUGCUCUCAGAAGGGCUGUCCACGUUUCGGUGUACGACAAGAACUUUGACGAUCAGGUCCGGCCUUCAAUAGUACCGGACGAUGUGAUUCAGCCUGGAUCCGACAAGUACUGGUCUCCGCACCCGCAAACCGGGGUAUUUGGCCCAGCAGCUGAGCACAGCCAAGUCGCGGGCGGGGAACGCAGCUUCCACUUGUCUGCUGCUGCGAAUGGUGGCGAGGACUCGGUGUUGGAGCAGAAGGCCUUCUUCCGACCCCUCGAGGAUUUGGAGAAGCCUAUUGAGCUGUGAUACUAAGGGAAGAUAUAGACCGUCCUCUAAUAUAAAUAGGAAUAAAAGGCGGUUAAUCGAGUCGAAACAACGAACUGGUUUUAUGUUCAUAGACUAGCUAGUAAGUUUGGCACUGGCGAAGGCGUGAUAUUUUCAGUGUUAUGUGUGUAUGGAGGUGUGGUGUGUUAGAUACUGUGGUUUGCUUCUCUAUGAAAAGACACUGUUACAUCUA